GAUGACCCAAGGUCGUCUGAAGCUUGUGGUUGCCAUCCAUCUGGUGGUGACCCGGCACCCUCCUCCUCACGAAGACUUUCACAAUGAUCGGGCUCCUUCCUCGCCAACAACAAGGCCACGAGAAUGGUCCUGUAAGAAAUCAUUAAAACUGAUUCGUGAUACCAGUACCCAGACAUUUGGAAGUAACAAAGCAAGAUGGUUCAAUUACCCGAGCCACAUGGAAAUUGAACUUAUCAUGUCAACAAAAUUAUGGUGGAUGGGAGGCUAUCUUUGUGCAUCAAGAUGGAGAAGCUUUUUUAAGCGUUGGGGAGGACUUGACAAUAUUCACGGUGCACUCCAGGUUGAGGCGAUGACACAAGGAAGGAGAUUAGCAUCGGAAUUAACAUGGGGACCUAUGCCUAAUGCGACAUUGUUGGGAGAUGCACGAUGUCCUUCAGAAGAUACUCUUUCCAACAGCCAAGAUGGAGAGGUUCAGUGAGGAACCCACAUCCAUGACGUAACUUACGUCUCCGUCGUUGCGAGUCGUGGCCUGCUGAGCAUUCCAUUAGUCGUGGAUGGACCUCGUCUUCGCCUACUUCCUGCUUCGCCUCUGCCCUGGCUGCAUGGUUUA